AUGAGUUGGGGAGAUACCUUUGGCUUGGGACUUGGUGUGAAGUCGGAUAAACAUCUGAUCGUUUGGACACCAAAAGAGAGCUCAGAGGGCGAUAUUCUACCCGGUUUUGACUCAGAAGAUGGCGAGCUUACAGUGAAGAUGCGGCCGCGUCCAGGGGCAUGGGUUUCCUGGAUUGACGAGGCGAAGGUCACAGCCGAGACACAGGACGACUAUGACCGGGUCCACAGAAGCAUACAAGAAUUGGAGCGGAAUGCACGCCAAAUCACAGAUUUCGCCGAGGGUGUUGUCGCUGACAUCACUAUUCAAAACUUGGGAAAAUCCCUAACACUUUCCGAACUCGCUCAGGAUGUUUUGAAAGCGCGCUUGACAAUACCCAGUACGAUCAAAACUGGUGGGUAUGUGCUCGCACAGAUUGAUGACACUGAUACUCAGGUGAUGCCUCCGACUACUGUUAUCAUUCCAGAGCAAACCCACAUUCAUCGUGUUCAUCUCAAUGAAGAUGCGCUUUUUGACCAAAUACUCGCGCGGGACUACAAUCUGCUUCUUGUGGUCAUCAGAACCCAUAUUAAGCAGUACCCUGACCUGAUCGAUUUGGGGUACGGUUUAACACUUCAUACUCGGCUGUCUAAUGUGUUUGAUGAUCAAGCUGCAGAGGCAUCGGAGGCGAUUGAAGAAGGGUUUGAUCCCAUUCAAGUGAUUGCCACAGCGGCGGUUUACGAUCCUCUUGAACCGGAAACACUUCAGUUAGUGCCUAUCGCAUUCAACGCACCCGCUGAGGAAAUUGAGACCGCAAUUGGCGAAAGCUCGAAGAAAAUCGAAACGUACACGGUGAAAGCCAAUCAGAACGCCUAUCAACUCAUGGCGCAAUUCCAACAGGGUGUGGAAACCCGUUUGAGAGCCCUUGUCCUUGGACCUGGGCAACGCGUCCAUAAUAAGGUAUGGGACGAUCUGGUGAUCCGUGAAUUACGGAAUACUGUGCUUGUUUUCGUCGAAUUCUAUGAGGAAUAUCUCACCGAACAUUUUGAGGCAUCAGUCGCGGCGGCGAAAACCGAAAUUCUCAAAGAGAAUAUUGACCCCAUGAUAGAAUUUUGGCAGCUACAGGAUAAUCAACAGUUAACCCUGAAUCACCUCAUUCAAUCCUCCUACAAACUGGCGAAUCAGGUGCUGGAUCGAGCUGCCGGGUUGUUUCAUGAUCUGGUGUUUGAACAGGACUUUAUUGAAACCGAGCUUGUCAAGCCGGUGGAGCUCUCAAUUUUUGAGAAUAACGAACUCUUAAACGAAAUUUACUUGCCGCAAUGGACGCGUGGAACGGUGCGAGAGAAAAUGACAGGUAUUACUCUUCGCUCGACUUUACACGCGACUCAAGUCGAACGUUUGACGACCAUUUGGUUGGAAUUGCUGGAACUCGUGAACUUCGCAAGUCAACACAAGCAGGAUUUUGAAGCCGUUAUUCAACCGUUAGUCAAUCUCCUAUUAGCCGCUGAAGCAGGGAAACCAACACAGCGCCGGAGUCAGCAGGCACAGCAUCGAGGGGGUGCCACCAAUUUUGAGGGUUUUGAGAUUCCUGAUGACAUUUUCCUGCAGCUACUUGACCAUGUAAAACUGCAUUUACCAACUAUGAAGGCAAUGGUUGCUGAACACGCCUUCAACAGUGGACGAGCAACAACAUUACGCAACUUUGUGGGCGUUGGUGCUUGA